GUCGCGGCUUGAUGACGUUUUGUCCUCAUUAAAAAGACGUUAGCCUAGCAACUGGAAAAGAGCUAAACGCGCUAAAGAUACUAGAAGUGUAGGUGUUCUUUGUAGGCAUCCAACAGAAGCAACGGUCAAGUCUGCAGAAACUUACGCCGGUUGAGUCAAUGGCUGGAUCACAUUUUAAAAGAAUUGUUUUGACGACAAUCUCUGAGGUACUUAAGUCAGAGAUGACAUACAGAAGAGACAGAAGUGUACGAGACGUGUAUGAUGAACGCUUUUUACCCGAAAGACCAGGUCCUUACCAACGGCCAUCAGCGGCUGUGGAGAGGAGGGGCCCCUUUAGCAGGCCAGAGGAUGAAUACAAUCGUACUGGGUAUGAAUAUGAAGGAGGUCCCCGUUUUUACCCAAAUGGAGGUGGCCCUCGAGGUUACCAUGAAGAUCAGAGAAGCUAUCAAGGUGAUGGUCAUUUUCCUGAACGCAGAGCCGGUCCACCAGCAAGAAGGGAGGAUUAUCCUUACAGAGUUCCCAGAGAGGAUCCUCACACAGGGCGACCGUUGGAAUUUAGUGCCCGUGCACCACCUCCUCACAACGUGCGAAGUCAGGGCAUCUAUCUAGCACCCAGAUCACUUCCAGAAAGCGGGGAAGAUACAUUAGUUCAGGCCAUCCGGAACCUGGACAGAGGGGAGGAGAGAGACUCCUACAGAAGAAAGGCAGGCCUGUUUCCUCCCAUCAGAGAGCGUUCGCCUGUGCGCAGAGAGGUGGCCCGCUCCCCCCACAGCCGCUCCGGCUCCAGCGUGAGCAGCAGAGGAUACUCACCAGACCGAGCCAAAGGCCUGCCUUUCCCAUCGCAGCAAGGCAAGAGCGUGGACGGUGCAGAGGGCCAUGCGGGUGUUUCUGAGCACCACUGGGGGGCGCUCUUUCCUCAUCAGAGCGGACAUGACACUUUGGAUAAAAUUCCUGGCCUGUCAAGAGAAGGCUCCCCACAAAGUGCAACAUCAAACAAGGAGGAAAGCAAUCCUCCAGAAGCAGUAAAAGAGGAGCCGGUUGUGGCUCCCAUCUUCGAAGAGACCAAAAGGUCUCCAGACACCUUUAAAGAGAGACGAUCCGUGGCCAUCGCAACCAAAGCACAAGAGAUAGAAAAGAUAUAUCGUCAGGACUGUGAGACAUUUGGAAUGGUGGUAAAGAUGCUUGUGGCUAAAGACCCUAACUUGGAGAAACAGCUGCAAGUACCUCUCAGAGAAAACCUUGGGGAAAUCCGUGAGCGCUGCUUAGAGGACCUCAGGCACUUCAUCAACGAGCUGGACGAAGCAGUUCGGCAGCCAGAACCUACCUGUGACUCUGCCACUCCUACAUCUCUGACGACUUUGAAACUCUCAAAAACUGGAGUCAACCACAGCUCGUCCUACUGAUGAAUCAGCCGGAGCAGAGUGGAGCUAAGGAACUCAUGAACUGAACAUACUGUGUCUCAGCAACCAGAGCAACUGGUCACAAGAAUGAACAGUGUUAUUUUUGAAUGAACCAUUUGUACCUUCAAGUUUCCUGAUGAAUAUUGUUAAUUCAGAUAUGCCGACAGUUGUUUUUCCUGUUUUUGUUUGAUUUAAAAUAGUUCGAGUAUCAUUCUGCAGUGGAAAUUGUUCACAUUUUGGGUGUAAAGUUAUGUUUUUGGUCAUUUUCCAAGCAGCAUUUAUUUUUUCUGCUAUAGAAAGACUUUAGCAGUCAGAUGUACAAGUGCGCUGCAGAAUUUAAAAGUUUAGCACAGUUGAAUAAAUUUAUACCAUCUAGAAA